AUGAAUAAUCUAUUUCACAAAUUGCAUCUUGAAGGCAGAUACGGUAAUCUGAGAGCUGCAGAUGUUCUUCAGAUAACCAAACAUUCAUUACAGUCUUGUGAAUCUUGUGCUGAAGAGGAGUUGAUUCAGACUUUCAUACAAAAACUACUGAUGAUGAACUACAGAGCAAGAAAUAUUAGCGUUGAGGAGAUUAAUGAACAGGAUCAUAUUCCGCAAAGAUACAAUGACUCAUCUGAUGAUGAGAGUGAUAUUUUCAAUGAAAUGUCUAUCUCUAACAAAGGAACAAGCAAAUCUGAUCUCAUCCACCCGAUGGAUGUUCAGAUGGCAGUGUUUUAUUGUGCUGAUGGUUUCCUGAAGCAGCUGAUGGUGACUAAACUGUCCCAGUGUCAGUACGCUCUGCCUCUGCUUGUUCCUGAUCCAUUCACACGGCAGAUUGAGUUUCCUCUCUGGACAUUCAGACAAAUCAACAAGAGCUGGAAGAUGAGAAACACCAAAAAUGAGAUUAUCACUCAAACGCAGCCGAUCUACAAGGCAGAAACUCCAAUGGUGUGUUUCUUCAGGUUUGGCUCUGUGUCUUCAUCCAAGUCUCAGCUGAUGAAUGAUCUGAUCAAUGAGAAACACAACACGUUCUUCCACAGGAACUGCCCAGGCAGCAGCACAUCCAGAGUCCUGAUGGAUGGAGUGGUGGAGAUCGCCUGGUUCUGGCCCUCUGGAAAGGAUACGGACAAAUUCACUGACUGUGUUGCGUUCUGUAAUCUACACGGUGAUGCAGGAGACCAUGAGAAACAGCUGCAGAUCCUCACUGAAAUGGCCUCAGUCAAUGUUGUUCUUCUACCAAAACUGGACAGGAACGACAAACAUUCAGCAAAGAUACAAAACCUGUACAAGGACAGAAAGCCACUCAUUUGCCUUUUAACUGAAGAUGAAUCUACUGUAAUUCAGACAAAGAAAGGAAAAUACAAGAUUGGCCUAAAAGACAGAAAUCACCCAGAUGUCUCUAAAGAAUUAAAAAAAACUAUAAAUGAUUGCAUCUCAGAAUCAUCUUGCACUUUCAGACUUGAAGAUGUGUCGUCCAAACACUCAGAUAUCAGAGUAGAUGAGGAAGAUGAUGGUGACUGCAGGAGAGGAAGAGAAGCAGCACAGCAGAUGAUGAGUUUACUGAAGAAGAAAGAUCUGACAAAAAUCAAAGAAUCAUUUAUGCCUCAUCAGGGGAAACUGUGGCAUCAGUGGAGUCAGAAGAACAAAGAACUACAUCGACCUCAAGGAGAUAAACUAGAAAAGGAAAUAAAUAGAAAGAAAACAAAAAUGAUGAAAAUCCGUGAACAGCAACAUGAUUUUGACAUCAGUGAGUUUAUGGAGUUCUUUAUUAAAGAAAUGAACUCAGAUUCUGCAAAUAAGAUGUUUUUUCUUAAAUGGCUCAGAAUCCUCUUGGAUGAAUAUACAUCAGCUGACCUUUAUGCCCUACAUCAAAAGUAUAAUGAAAAAUGGUCAACAGGUUUAGAAUGUGAAGAGAACAAGGAAAAAUCUGAGCAAAACAAAACUAAACAAUCAGAACUUGAGAGACUAUCUGAGGAUCUUCAAGCUGCAGCCUUUGGUUUGGAGCACAUCAUGAGGGAAAUCGGACAAAUCUAUGAAUCAUGUGAAUCAGUGAAGAAGAACAAGAAAGACUUGAAAGACUUCUCUUCUCUCCCGAGUCUUGCAGCAGAGAUGAUGAUCUCUGGAUCUCCACUGGAGCUGAUGGAUGGAGAUGCUUCUCAUGUUCCUGUGAUCUGGAUCUCUGCUGUUCUAGAUCAACUCGUCCAGAAACUGGGAGACCAGAGAGUCUUUGUGCUGUCAGUUUUAGGGAUUCAGAGCUCUGGGAAAUCCACCAUGCUGAACGCCAUGUUUGGACUCCAGUUUGCCGUCAGUGCUGGCAGGUGCACCAGAGGAGCUUUCAUGCAGCUGGUCAGAGUGUCAGACGAGAUGAAAACACAACUGAACUUUGACUAUAUUCUGGUUGUUGACACUGAGGGUCUUCGUGCUCCAGAACUGGCUGGACGAUCAACUAGAGAUCAUGACAAUGAAUUGGCCACAUUUGUUGUAGGUCUUGCAAAUCUGACAUUGAUCAACAUCUCUGGUGAAAACCCAUCUGAGAUGCAGGACAUUCUUCAGAUUGUUGUUCAAGCCUUCAUGAGGAUGAAGAAGGUCAGACUGAAUCCCAGCUGUGUGUUUGUGCAUCAGAACGUUUCAGACAUCACAGCUAGAGAGAAAAACAUGGAGGGAAGGAGACGACUGCAGGAGAAACUUGAUGAGAUGACAAAACUCGCUGCUGUGGAGGAAGUCUGUGAUGAUGAAUGUUUCAGUGAUAUCAUUAGAUUUGAUGUUCAGAAUGAUGUGAAGUAUUUUCCUCAUCUCUGGGAGGGCAGUCCACCCAUGGCACCUACAAACCCAAACUACUGUGAGAACAUUCAAGAACUAAAGGAAACUAUCAUGUCUAAUGCCUCCAAAUCACAUGGAAUAAUGCUAAAAGACAUAAAAGAUCGUAUUAAAGAUCUCUGGGAGGCUUUACUGAAUGAAGGGUUCGUUUUCAGUUUCAGAAAUUCUCUGGAGAUUUCAGUCUACAGGAAACUGGAGACUGAAUGCAGCAAAUGGUCCUGGAGACUUCGCAAAGCCAUGUUGGAAACUGAGAACAAACUACACAACAAAAUAGAAAAUGAAGUAAUUCAUGAGGUUGAAGAAACUGAUCUUCAAAGAGAACUGAAGAAGACAAGUGAAGAAGUAGAGAAAUCAAUGUCAGAGUUCUUUGAGAAAGAAAAGGAUAAAGAUAUAAUGAUUCAGUGGAAAACAUCAUUUGAGAUUAAAAUCAAAGAGAUUCAGGAAAACAUUGUGAGAGAAACAAAGAGAAAAUUAAAUGAGAUUCUUCAGCAGCGAGACCUGAAGAAAAAGAUUGAUGCUCAGAGGACACAUCAUAUGAACACUCUCUAUGAAAAGAGCAAAGAACUUGCCUUAACACUCAAAGACAAAACAAAUGAUGACGAAACACUGAAGAAAGCGUUUUAUUUGUUUUGGGAACACAGUGUGAAGAAGAUCAUCACAGACACUCCUAUAAUCAAAGACAUUGACACAAUGAGGGAUGUGAAAAGACUUCUUAAUGACAUUCAUCAGGGAAUUCUCCCUGUUGAUCUCUGGAAAGAAGGCAGCGAAUACAAUGAUAUUUUCCCUAAUUAUUCUGAAUAUGUUAUUUUCAGAAAGUCCACAAAAAAAAGUGAGUUUAGGGAGGUCAAAGAAACACCCACCUAUGCUCAAACUCUGUCUCCAGAAGAUGAAGCCCAAAUAAGAUCAUUAGUUGCAAAUGUUGUCCAGCAGACAGAUAAAAUGAUUCAGUCAUUUAAUAUUUCAAUGAUGGGCUACAACAUCAGCUACAUUCAACAACUCACAGAUUACAUCAAGGAAAUAGUAACAGAACAUCAAGAAGGGCCAGUGAAAUAUAAGUUCAAAAAUGAAUUCUUCAUUGAUUUGGUUCUUUCCAUUUGUAAGAGAGCAAACAAGAUGAUCACUGACCAAUACAGACUGUUUCGAGAAGCCAAUGAUCCUGUAAUAUAUGUUGAGAAGAAGAGAGAAGAGUAUUUCAGUAUUUACAUGAAAUAUUGUCAUAGAGCAACUUCAGCUGCCAUUUUUGGUGAAAUCAUCUGUCAGAAACUUAAAGAGCCCAUUGAGCAGAGCGUCUACAAGAAGACUGCCAGAGAUCUGGCAGAUGAAAUGAGAUCAAACUGUGAAUCGCUGAAUGGAAACAGAUCAAAUCUGGAGAAACACAUCCUGAAGACACUGGCAGAUGAGGAGAAUUUUAACAAAUACAUGAACUACAUUCAUAAACCCAGAAAUCACUUCAAGAGUUUCAUCAGAGAUGAAGUCAGUCGGUACAUCACUGAUAAGUUCAGUGUCAGUGUUUUACCCAAGAUGGAGGAGAACAUUAACCUCCUGCAGCAGAAGAUCAUGAAAGCAGCUCAUGAAUCUACUGAACAUGUUCAAGUGAAGAGAGGAGAUGUUGGUUUGUGGUUGAAGAGUUUCACACAGCAGCUCUCAGAUGUGCUGAUCUUCUCUGAAAAAGACCUCAGUGGAGUUAAACAUGAUGGUGUUGAUGUGAAACUCCUAGAAGAUGUGAUGAGACAAGAUCUUCCCGCUAUAAUUUCUGUCAUCAGAUGCAGAUUCAACACAAAGACAUUUCCAGUAAAGCUGGACUAUAAAUUCAGACCAGAUGAGCUUCUGAUUGACCACUUCUGUCAGUGCUGUUGGGUUCAGUGUCCGUUCUGUAAAGCCAUCUGCACCAACACCAUAGAAAACCAUGAUGGAGAUCACAGUGUUCCUUUCCACAGAGUGGAUGGAUUAAAUGGCAUUCAUUUCAGGUAUACAACUAACUUGGGUGUUUGGAUCUGCACAACAUCAGUAGCAAGCAGCAAUCGAUCAUUUUAUCCCAAUGCCUCAGAAAAUGUAGUCCCCUGGAGAGAAUACAGAAGAGCAGGAGGAGUUCUUGCGAAGUGGAGCAUCACUCCUGACCUCUCUGAACUGCCCUACUGGAAGUGGUUUGUGUGCAGAUUCCAAAAAGAUUUGGAAAAAUACUACAAUAAAACAUUUGAAGGCAGUGGUGAGAUUCCAGAUGAAUGGAGAAAAUACACAAAACAGGAAACUGUUGAGAGUUUGGAUAAAUACAUUUAA